AUGGCCUCAAACACUGGCGCCACCGCCAGAGACGAUGCCAUUCAGCCUCGCAUAAUCACAGCACAGCACAUCAGAAAGCCGAUACGCUGGCGUGACGAGGCUCCCUUCCUUUGGCUCUCGGUGAUCACGUUCCUCGUGGCUGUAGCCGAGCUUAUUGGUUUGAUUGUCCUUCGGACCAAUGGCAUUUCCAAGUUCCAUUCGUUGGCCGUGGCCACCCUCUAUGUCCUCGCAUUCUUGGUGCAACUCAGCCACCUCUUGCCCACGCCGGUCCAGGCAAACGACGACAAGAUAGAGCCGUCAUGGCAUGCGUUUGUGGAAGCCUGGACCCUCAUGAUCUUGUCUGACGUGCUCGCCAUUUUCGAUAUAUAUACCCGGCUCGACAAUGACGCAACCUCCACCCCCAACUCCCCCACCUCCCCUCGCAUGGCUGCUCCCUCCCCCUUCAGCAUCGCGACUACCACUACAGGAAAGGGAAGCAGUGCACAGCAAAGAAACAAACCACAAAGCAAAAAGAGGAAAUGCUCUCCCACACUCCGAAGAAACGUCAGCGAAGAGAUCCGCGGUGCAGGCGGCCGGUGGCAGUGGAUGAAAAAAUUCCGCAUCUUCGUGCCGUGGGUGUGGCCGAGCCAGCGGCCGUGGAUGAAGGUGCACAUCGUCUGCGCCAUCAUUGUGCUCGGAACGGAGACGCUGCUGUCGCUAUACGCGUCGUACGUGCAGGGCGCCUUUGUCCAGAGCGUCGUGCAGGCGUAUACGGCCCAACACCUCAGCACCGCGUGGAAGCCGCCGGCGCUGGUCGUGGUUGUCCAGUUCGCUUACUCGAGUAGCGGACUGUCGGCCGUGCGCACGUUGUUGUGGGCCAAGUUCAAGCUCGGCCGCAAGGCCAAAGUGCGCAAGCUCGUCUACGAGCAUCUCAUGAGUCACGAGGCCGCCUUCCAUAACUCGACGGACCGGACUGACAUCAGCACGGCCAUUGAAAAAAGCAAUCAGGUCUUCUCGCUCGUGCUUGGCGCCGUCUCGGCCGUCGAACUGCUCCUCGUGCUCUGGGCCAACCGUAACCAGACGGUGAUCGUCGACCGCGCUACGAAGACCCGCUUCGGGACGAAUCGCCUGUGCCAGGGUGGCCUGCGUGGCUGGUCCACCGUGGCCAUGUACGAUCAGAUCGACCGCGAGAUCGGGGCGUACGGGGAGAGCCUCGGCGCGCAGACCGAGGCGUCUCUCUUGUCGUCGUUUGGCGCCUUCGCAGCCACCACCCUCGUCAUCGUGCGUGGCCUGCAGACUGGAGACCACACGGUCGCGCCCGUCGUGGCGUUCGGCGGGUACAUGGCCCUGGCCAAGGGCCCGAUGCGGCACCUCACCCGGAUCCCCGAGCACAUCAUGGAAGAUCUGUACAACGCCGACCACCUCCGCCGACUGCUCGAGAUUGUGUCCAAGAUGAAGUACGGGCCCAAGAAUCUCACCCUUGAUGUGGGUGGCGGCACCAUCGAAUUCAAGAACGUCACCUUUGGCUAUCCCUCGGCGGCUGAUGGCGCGGGGAACAAGACGACCCUCAAACACUUCUCUCUCGUCUCGACAAUUAUCGACCUCGUGAAGCGGUCGUACGAUCCCGACGUGGGCACAAUCCACAUCGACGGCCAGGACAUCAAGGAGCUGCAAAAGAGAGAGCUGUCCAAGUACAUCUCCGUCAUGGCUCAGACGCCGUACCUCUUCAACCACACUUUCUCGCCCAAUAUCAAGUACGGCCGGCCCGAUGCCACGGAGACAGAGCUGCACGAUGCGGCAGACCGCGCCGGCAUUCACGACAUGGUCCAGCGGUCUCCCGGAGAAAAACCUCUCCGGCGGCGGAAAAACAACGAGUUGCGCUGGCCCGGACACUUCUCCACGAUGCAUCCGUCCUCAUCCUUCGACGAGGCCACCAGUGCGUUGGACGCUGACACGGAGGCUCACGUCAAGGAGAGCAUCAAGAGCAACAAGACAACCAUUGUCAUUGCGUACGUAACCGUGUGA